AUGUCCGUUAAGCAGUGUCUUGAGAGAAAGAAGCAUAGGGUUGCAACGCUUAAGCAAAACGAAGAGGAGUUAGCUUGCAAAAACGAGGAACAGAAGACAGAGUUUAGCCAUCUAGGCGAGAAGGUACUCUGGCUCAAGCAGGAUGUCUGGGGAGUAUCCAUUGUGGAGAUGCUGGUUCCUCUGCAUCUGUGUUACGAAGGCCAGUCGAGUGGUGGCCAGAGCUUGACCAGCGUCGCCCAUGUUAAAUUGAUUGUGGAUAUGGAUGGAGUUAUGCAACUGUGCCAUACCUAUCCACCCCUCUCGACAGAGGCGGGCGGCCGGCUCUGGAUUGAGAGUCAGGCGUCAGGGCUACAUGUGGAGUUCGGGAGUGGAGAGGAGCGUGGAGGAUGGAACGCAUAUCAGAACUACGGCGCGUUUCGCUGUGGGGUGGACCUGUGGACCACCAAGGACAUUGUUCCGUGGGAGAACCGGGUAGGGUUUGGAAGCCUGGUGCAGAACGGCGCGGCACCGCGACGACCACCGAAGUGGCAGGUCUUGCGCCGUAGCUCUGUCUGA